AUGGUAGACGCUCAAAAGGCUGGAGUCGCUGCCAUCGUACUGGUUGAAACACUCGUGUUCUGCUAUGCUCCGGAGAUCACGAAGAGGUUUUCAUUCUACAGUAGCCCUUGGUUCAACGAAAAGACUUUGAACAAUGCUACAAGUGGCGCACUUCUGUCUCUGGCUUUGACCCAUCUUCUUCCGGAGGGUUUUGGGGAAAAUGGUAGUGGCCUUAUGAUCGCGUCUGUCGAUGUAAGAGGGUUUAUUAUGGGAAUGCCCAUACUCCUACUAGUUACAAUCGACUUCUUGGCAGGUCACCACUGUGGAUCGCACUCUGUUGUAGAUCCUACAAUCAAGUCUCUCAACAGCAGUACCAUUCCCAACGCUAUAGAUGAGGACAUUGAAUCGAUGUCAAAUACUCAUGUGGCGCUGUCGCACGUCAGUACAGAUCAUGAUUGCAAGAACGAAAAGUUAACCGCAGAUGUGGACCAUUUUUUGUUGAAAUUGAAGCAACUGUUCACGUCACGAGCUCUAUACCUGUUGCUGACAUUUUAUGGCCAUUCUAUACUUGAAGGGGUGCUUCUUGGUACACAAUCGAGUCCCGGAGCGCUUUGGGGCAUGGCAUUUGGGAUAUGUGCCCACAAAUGGGCUGAAUGUCUAGUGUUGAACACUACGGUCACAAAUCUCAUCAAGAAUCAAGUGCUACGCCAUUUCUGCUCAAUCGCAUUCGCGUUAUGUGUGCCCAUCGGGAUUCUUUUGGGAGCAUGCGUGAAGGAGGGAUCACACUCAACACAUGCUGCUUUCCAGUUGCUAGCCAUUGGGUUCUUCCUCUAUCUGUCUUUCGAGCUGCUUACACAUCAUACCUCGAAAAUGGGUGGUAUCACCCGAUUCCCGCUUUGGGUCAGCUAUUUAUUUGGAUCGACUGUGAUGGCCAUCAUUUUGGUUGCUGUAGAAAUUAUGGAACAGAGCGGGACUGUUAAAUCAUAA